CGGGGGUGGGCCCGGGCGCCGCGGGCGCACUGACGGCCGGUGGACCGAGCCUGAAGCGGACUGCGGGCCGGUGACCGUUGCUGAGCGGCGGCGAUGGCGACCGCGAUGGCAGCGACGGCGGCGGAGCGAGCAGUGCUGGAGGAGGAGUUCCGCUGGCUGCUGCACGACGAGGUGCACGCCGUGCUCAGGCAGCUGCAGGACAUCCUCAAGGAGGCCUCGCUCCGCUUCACUCUGCCAUGCUCUGGUACAGGCACCGAGGGGCCUGCCAAGCAGGAGAACUUCAUCCUUGGCAGCUGUAGCACAGACCAGGUGAAGGGCGUGCUGACUCUGCAAGGGGACGCGCUGAGCCAGGCGGACGUGAACCUGAAGAUACCGCGGAACAACCAACUGCUGCACUUCGCCUUCCGAGAGGACAAGCAGUGGAAGCUGCAGCAGAUCCAGGAUGCCAGGAACCACGUAAGCCAGGCCAUUUACCUCCUUGCCAACCGGGAUGAAAGUUACCAGUUCAGGACAGGAGCAGAGGUCCUCAAGCUGAUGGAUGCUGUGAUGCUGCAGCUGACCAGAGCCCGCAACCGCCUCACCACCCCGGCCACCCUUACUCUGCCUGAGAUCGCUGCCAGUGGCCUCACGAUACCCCUGGUCUGGGUCAGUGGUUCCCAAGCCUGGUGCAGGAAGCUACCGGGAGCACCGGGAAGAGUCUGGAAGCCCCAGUCUAUAGGCUGGGGAAUGGGGUCCCCCAGGCGGUUCUGCCUGGCCCCUUACCCCACCUGCUUGCCCGGUCCUCAUCCCCAGCGGAUGUUUGCCCCUGCCCUGCCCUCCGACUUGCUUGUCAACGUCUACAUCAACCUCAACAAACUCUGCCUCACCGUCUACCAGCUGCAUGCCCUGCAGCCCAAUUCCACCAAGAACUUCCGCCCAGCUGGAGGCGCCGUGCUCCACAGCCCUGGGGCCAUGUUUGAGUGGGGCUCCCAGCGCCUGGAGGUGAGCCACGUGCACAAGGUGGAGUGUGUGAUCCCAUGGCUCAACGACGCCCUCGUCUUCUUCACUGUGUCCCUGCAGCUCUGCCAGCAGCUCAAGGAUAAGAUCUCCGUGUUCUCCAGCUACUGGAGCUACAGGCCUUUCUGAGCAGAACACCCAAGAGCCUGACCCCCAGGGAAAUGGCCCUUGUCCCCCUCACCCAUCCCCCCAAGAAUGCUGGCCAGAGCCAGAACCGGGCAGCCUGGGCUAUUAUUUAUUUUCCUCUUCAUCCCAUCCUGCCCAUCACAUUUGCACAGACGGAAAUGAACACUGGAACCACUGAGAGAUAGGGAUGCUGGCUUGCUUUUCAUUUCAUAGGGGGUGGUCAGGAAGGUGGGACAGGGGGCGGCCAGGAAGGCAGAGCCCAGAGGUGGCCCACACUCCAAACCCUGCCCUCCCUGCACAGCGGGAACCUUUGGACGCAGGGUGGCACCAGGCCCAGGGGCCCUCCUUCCCCCUUCUUUUUCUGCCUUCUGAGCUGCCCCAGGAUGGUACGAGCAGCGGCACGCCCCCCUCCAGUGGAAGGUGAGGAGUGGGUGGUGGCCCUAAGCUGUGAGUCAGCAGGGCAGACAGAAAGCCAUCCACCACCAGCUGUGAUACCCUUGAAUGCGUCUGCUCCAUGUCCCUCACAAGGCCUCCAGGAAAUAAAGAUCAUCUGACUUUA